AUGUCAGGAGAGACGUCUCCCUUACUUGCAGAGCACCCGCCGCGGGUCAGGACGCCGACCGACCAUGUUGAUCAAUCGGAACCAGAUGAGGCAGUACAGCAGAAGCACCCGUUGUUUCCGAAUGCACUGAUCGUGAUACUCAUCAUCGUCCUGGUCGCAGACAUCGGCGGGUCCAUGAUUGGCAUUCCCGAGAUCCGACUUCUUGAAAUGGCAGUCUGCCGAGACUAUUACCGCAAGCACGAUCCAUCAGUCAUCGGAGGACCUCCCUUGUCUUACGUGGACGAGAAGCUCUGCAAGCUCAAGGAGAUCCAGACGAGCUUAGCUUAUCUUAGAGCCACGCGGAAUCUGAUCGGGACGAUACCAGGCAAGAACAGAAUUCUCCUCACAUUUCCCUACGGCUACCUCUCCGAUGCAAUCGGACGCAAGCUAGUCGUCUUCUUGGCGCUGUUCGGCCAAAUCUUAUCAGUCUUUGCUCUCAUGGCGAUAUGCUAUUUUCAUGAGACCUUCUCCACCAACGUCACUCUCGCGGCGCCUCUCUUCCAGAUAAUUGGUGGUGGCAACAGAGUUAUGAUUGCCAGCCUGAACUCGAUCGUCGUCGAUACAGCCCCUGCCAAGUUUCGACCUACCAUCUUCUAUGCCAUAGGAGCCUGGAUUUUCAUCACUGAGAUCAUUAUGGUUCCCGUCGGAUCUCAGCUUCUAUUGAAAGAUCUCUGGUUGCCUUUCAAGAUUGCUACGCCGUUUCUCCUCGCCUCGUUGGUGCUCGUGGUUGCCUUGCCGGAAACGCAUGUACCGCAAAAGCUAGAAACCCAGGACAACGCAGACGACAUGAGCCCUACCAACCAACCCAAGGAUCAAUCAAUGGUACGAGUAAUGUUGCAGAAAGCGGCGAACAAGCUCAAACAGGCUCUCAAAGGCCUCAAAAUCCCGGCGAAGGGCCCCAGAGUUUGCCUCUCCAUUAUUUUCCUGGCGGUUUUCGCCAGACAGAGCACCCAUCUUUUUGCUCAAUAUGCUUCGAAAGUCCUGGAUUGGCCGAUAGCCAAGGCUGGAUACGUCUUGUCGGCCAAGAGUUUCGUUGGCCUCGUCCUUCUGGUGGUCUUGGCCGGCAUAUCGAGCCUUCUCAGUCGCCAGGAUGGCACAGCUUCUCUACGCAUGAACAAGCGCGUUGUUUUGGUCAGUCUUUUGGCCUCGCUCAUAGGAUCAGUUCUGCUCGGCAUGAGCAGAGACACGGCAACUUUGAUCAUUGGAUCGAUAUUUGACUCCGUAGGCCUCGGCAUAGGGCAGUCUCUCCAAGGUAUCCUGGCUUCGUUUGCCGACCCUGCUUCGACUGGGGAACUUUUCGCAGGCGCUGCUUUGAUCGAGCUUCUUGCUGGAUUGUCAGGAAACUUUGCUUUCGCCGGUUUCUUUGACCUUGGCCUGAAAUCAAAACUUUCUGGCGAGAUUGGUCUACCAUACUUCGUCGCAGCUUUGUUGUAUGUGGUGGCUGUUAUUCAGUCUUUCUCGCUCCCCCUGACUGGAGUCGGUCACGAAACUUGA